CAUAAUUACUAACAAUUAUUAAUUCAGCAGCCACAUUUGCUUUUCGACUGCAGUUGCAAAUUCAAUACAAUAAGAAAAGUAAAAGAAGCUCUUAUUUUAAUCCCAUCUUCACUGAAACCUCUCUUUAUAGUGUAAUUUCAGGGGUUUGUGGAAAAUUUGUGCCGUCGAUGCUAAUGCUGGGGUCCCUUUUACGAAUCGGAUCAAUUGCAGCUUGGGUUUUGCAUAUUAUUGCUUGCAUGGGAGCAGUGGUUGUCUGGGGAGUCAUGUCAGGCCCAAACUGAAUUCCUCACUUGAUGAAUUCAAAGGGAUGAAUAAUCACGAUUGGGAAAAUACAAAAACUACUCUAUCGGAAGAUUUUUGGACCACCAGCAAUUGUAAUAUGGAAAAUACUGCUUUGCAGUCUUGUGGAAGCAUCUCGUCUACCAGCACACUUACUCAGGUUUAUGAUGCUCAUGGCGCCGGAUGCUCGAGCACGCCUUCUGAAUUUGUAAACCAUGGUCUAAUUCUCUGGAACCAGAAUAGACAGAAAUGGGCCUUGGAUAAAAGGCCCGACAGUCAGGCACAACAGCUUCGAGAGCCCAAGUUAAGAAAAAAACCACGAUCUUGCAGUUGGAAUGCAACCUACGACAGUUUGCUCAGCAAUAACAAGCCAUUUGACAAACCUGUCCCGCUUGGUGAAAUGGUCGAUUUUCUGGUAGCGGUUUGGGAGCAGGAAGGAAUGUACGAUUAAGAAACUGAAUCCCAGGUGAUUGUCACGAUUGUGGAUUGCGAUUAUGUCUUCCCUCUUUCUGUAAACCAGAAUUUUAGCAGUUUCUUGGUCUUUUGUUGAACAACAAGAACCAUUGUGCUGCAUCUGAUCACAUUGAUGAAUAUCAUUGCUUAUAUAAAAAUGAAGAAUCGUUUUUCUUGCUUUA